AUGCGUAUCCCCUACGUCCCCAACCCCCCACCGACUAGCACGCCAGAGGAGGCAAGCGUUCUCUCCAGUGUUCAAGCACGCCGUGGCUCGAUCGGCCUUAUCCCGCUCGAUCUAGCAUUGCUGCAUUCGUUCCCGGUAACCGAGGGGUGGGGCGCAUUCAUCGGGGCGAUCCGUACUCGGACAAGUCUGCCAGCUUUGAUCACGGAGCUUGCGAUCAGCCGCGUAGCAGUGGUGAAUCGCGCAUGGUUUGAGUGGGAGCAUCAUCAGCCUUUGCUCACCCAAGCCGGACUGAGCGAUGAAGCUCUCAAGCUUGUUGGCGAUGACCAGGUUGAUUUUGCGAGCGAGGUUGCCGAGAAGACAUUCAGCCGAGAGGAGAGGGCGGUGUUGAAGUACACGGAUGCUAUGACCAAGACGGUGACUGUGCCCGAUGAGGUCUUUCAGGAACUGAAGGUCCACUUUAGCGACAAGGAAGUAGUCGAGAUCACGGCCACCGUGGCAGCGUACAACUGUGUCAGCCGGUUUUUGGUGGCUCUGGAUGUCGGCGAGAAGAAUGCCUAA